ACAUGCUAAGAUUUGGGUUUUCUUUUUCUUUUUUGAGGUACAAAAAUUUGAUAUUUGGGUACGGAAUCUCCUGGGCAUUUUGUUUUGCCCCCGAAAACGCUAAAUUUCGGCCUUAAAGCUUCCCUCUCCCUCUUUCUCUCUCUCUCUUAUAUAUACACAUUCGCUCAAAGAUUUCCCAAAAUAACGAAUUUCUGUAGACGGGAUCUUCAAUUCUGAUUUUUCCCGGCACUUUUUCUCAGUUUCUCUCUUCCCUUCUGCGAUAGCGACGGGGGAAUCAGAGAAAAACAGCGAAAACUUGCUCUUAUGGGUCGGCCUCCGAGCAAUGGAGGCCCUGCCUUCCGCUUCACUGCUGCCGAGGUUGCGGAGAUGGAAGCUAUAUUGCAAGGACACAAUAAUACAAUGCCAGCUCGGGAAGUUCUUGUUGCCCUUGCUGAGAAGUUCAGUGAAUCAAUAGAACGGAAAGGGAAGAUUGCUGUGCAAAUGAAGCAAGUUUGGAAUUGGUUCCAAAAUAGACGUUAUGCUAUCAGAGCAAAGUCAACCAAGGCUCCUGGAAAGUUAGCAGUUUCUCCAAUUGUCCAAAUUGAGUCAACUCCCGUGAGAAAUGUGCCACAAUCCAUAGUUGUUCCUGCUCCUGCACCAGUAGGCUCUGUGAAGGGUGCUCCGGACAAUCCAUUAUCGGAGUUUGAAGCUAAAUCUGCUAGGGAUGGUGCAUGGUAUGACGUUGCUACCUUCUUAUCCCAUAAAUCUGUGGAAAGUGGUGACCCGGAAGUAUUAGUUAGAUUUGCUGGUUUUGGAUCGGAGGAAGAUGAGUGGGUUAAUAUCCGAAGGAACAUUAGACCUCGUUCUCUUCCUUGUGAAUCAUCAGAAUGUGUGGCAGUUCUUCCAGGCGAUCUCAUCUUAUGCUUUCAGGAGGGUAAAGAGCAAGCACUUUACUUUGAUGCCCACGUGCUCGAUACACAGAGAAGAAGACAUGAUGUACGAGGUUGUCGCUGCAGAUUUUUGGUCCGUUAUGAUCAUGAUCAAUCUGAGGAAAUUGUCCAGUUGAGAAAGAUUUGCCGUCGGCCUGAGACUGAUUAUAGGCUGCAACAGCUUCAUGCUGUAAAUGAAGCGGCAUCCAUGGAGCCCCCAAAGUCUGGCAUGGAUUCUGUACUGCUCAGCGGUCCAAGGCUAAAUUUUGAGGGAACACAAAAGCCACUCGGCAAGGAUGCAACCAUGGUUGCACCAAAUGCAAAUUUGAAUGUAAACGUCCAAGCCCAAACUAUUACUCAGGAAGUAAGGAAUAUCGAAACUAGCAGCACUCCAAUCUCAUUCAACUCUGGUAAUCCCGCAGGUAGCUCUGCUUUCUUGAGUGGUAUCGCGACGACCUCUGUUUCUGGUGGGUUGGGAGACAAUGUGUCUGAUGGGAAGUUACUUAGUUGAUUAUGGAAAAGAAUUUCUUCAUCAGUCUAAUUUUAACUGAACUUAUCAAUUUAAAAUUUUGACUGACUCGUUUUCUUAGGAUGAGUAAAUACCCAGCGAAGUCUGUUUUUUACCCCCAUGUUUCAAAGUUAUAGGUUCCCAUCCACUAGCUCUGAAUGCUGAAUGUUCUCGACGGAUGAAAAAUGCAGAAGUUGCGCUUCGAGUGUAGUAUCGAACAGGUCAGAGGCAUUAUCUCUCUCGUUUCUUUACUUUUUCUUCUCUGCUUAGCCAAACAUGGCUCUACACUUACCAUGCAGACUGAUGAUAUAGUUUACUGAUUAGUUUUCCCAUAGAGCUUUACUAACGAGUAAUGAUAUUGUUAGAGUUAGAAUAGAAUUCUGUACAAGUUGUUGAAUGCCAUGUGAAAACUGGAAUUGUUUGUGUUCUUUUUGCUGAAGAGUGGUCAACUUAAUGCAUUACAUGAAACUUUUGACAUGCCUACACAUA